AUGGCGAUGCUGAUGGCGAAGCGAUCUCAGGCUGCAGAGAGCGAGGGAACUGCUGUCGGUGCUGCUCGCCAGGCGCCCAUGACGAGGAGCAAGAAAGCUGCAAAUGCGACGGACAAGCCAGCGACAAAGCGGACGAGCGCGCCCACUGACAAGUCAGCAAACGCUGCCAAGACCACGCCUGCCACCGGCAAUGCCAAGCAGAAGCGGAAGAAGGGGGAGGGGCCAGACACUUCGCCAAGUCCCCGUAAGCAGAGGAAUACUGCCAAGAAGACUGGCGAAGGAUCCAACGGGACGACGCGCGAGUUGGGCGCCGCGAGUGCAUCGGAGAACGAGGCGACGACUCGCGAUGAAGAGACGACUCCCCUGGUACCCAAGCACGCGCUCCGGUCCACGUGCUUGGCUCUACAAAAGAAGAUCGCAGACGAAAAGGGCGAGCGCCGGCAAGGCCCACGGCGCAAGGCAGAUGAUUUCUACUAG